AUGGCAGCCACGAACACGACGACGACGACGCUGAGCAUGAAGCUCCUCAUCGACAGGAAGGCGCAGCGGCUGCUGUUCGCGGAGGCGAGCAAGGACGUGGUGGACUUCCUCUUCUCCCUCCUCGUCCUGCCCGUCGGCGCGGCCGUCAAGCUGCUGGGAAAGGAGGGCGUGGCCGGCUGCGUCGGCAGCCUCUACGGCAGCGUGGAGGGCCUCGACUACACCUACAUCCAGCCGGGCGCCGCCAAGGACGCGCUGCUCCGCCCGCCCGUGCUCUGCUCGCUCUACAGCUCCUCCCUUCUCCGCCUGCCGCCGCCGCCGCCAUCUGCCGCGGGGCGGCAUCCCGCCACCGCCGCCAGGAGCCUGAUGCUGUACCGGUGCACCAGCAUCUUCAACAGCAGCUGCCGCACCUACAUCACCGACGCGUACGGCAAGGAGUGCCCGACCUGCGGCAACCACAUGACGGCCGCCGCGCAGUACCUCCCGCCUGCUGGUGGCCAGAUGGCCGUCACCGGGUUCGUGCGGGGCGUUGUAACGUACACGGUCAUGGACAACCUCACCGUCAUGCCCAUGUCCGCCAUCUCCAGCUUCACGCUGCUCAACGCCUUCGCGGUCACCGACCUCGCCGCGCUGCAGGAGAAGACCGUGCAGCUUGGCUACAAUGAGGGUUUAGAGAUUCUCAGGGCCUCGCUGCAGUCCAAAACCGUCCUGAGUGAUGUGUUCCUCCGCAGGAAAGGUCCCGGUGAUGAUGCUUGA